AAAUUAUCUCCCUUGAACAAGGAAGUCGCCACAACCCCUACUUUUGUUUUAGUGUUUAGAAAUAAUGUCUGAUGAUGGUAAACUGAGGAUAUUAUGCAUCCAUGGGUACAGACAGAAUGCACAAAGUUUUCGUGAAAGAACUGGUGCAUUCAGGAAAAUUAUUAAAAAACAUGCAGAGUUGGUGUUCAUAACAGCUCCAAAUAGAGUUCCACCAUUAGAAAGUUCAGCUGAAGCAGGGACUGGAGAUGAACAAAAUGAUGAACAGCGAGGUUGGUGGUUUUCUAGACAAGAUGAUUAUUUCAUGGCUCGAGAUAAAACUGAUUGUUGUAAAGGGUAUGAAGAAUCGCUGGAUGUUAUUAAACAAGCUUUUAUAGAACAAGGUCCAUUUGAUGGUGUGUUAGGAUUUAGUCAAGGAGCUGCUAUGGUUUCUUUACUCUGUGGACUACAGGAAUCUGAUCCAGAGUCUUGCCCUAAAAUAGGAUUUGCCAUAAUGGUUGCUUCUUUUAAAAGUCAUUCAAUUCCCCAUGCUUAUUUAUAUGAGAAAAAGGUCACAAUUCCAACACUUCAUGUAUUUGGUGACACAGAUAAAGUUAUUCCUAAAGAUAUGAGUGAAGAUCUACUACCAUGCUAUCUGGAUCCUGUUAUUUUACAACAUCCAGGUGGACAUUUUAUCCCUGCAUCUGGACCACAGAAAAAAAUAUACCUGGACUUUCUGCAAAAAAUGCUUGCCAAAAAGGGAUGAUAUUAAUGAAAUUUAGACAAACUCAGUUACAAAUAUCUUUAUAUUAAAAAAUUAAAAAAACAUUAUAAACAAAUGAGAUUGUUGUUGCCCCAAAUUUUGAUACAGGGUCAGGGCAUAUGAUAAAAAACCCA